AUGGCACCCAUCAGCAUUAGAAUGAGAAUGGGGCGUGCCUGUGGCAGGUGCACAUGAACAGCAGGGAACUAUGGAGACCUACCAGUCAAGGUGAUGUUCAAAAAGGCUGCAGCUGUUGCUUUCAAGGGUGAGACCAGGAUACGUGGCAAAGAGAGCAAGCGGUUGCACCAGGCCGUAGCAAGUACUGCUGGCGAUGAGAUCGCUGCAGCCCUUUUCCCAAACAAAGCUGAAGUGGUCAUUCGAAAGGCAGGUGGAAGUACAUUCCAAUUCAUUUUUGUGAACGGGGAGUGUUUCUAUGUUCAGCUGGAUGGAAAGGCGGAACUAGGUACGGGGGAGCUGUUGCCAACCCUCCAAGCCUUGUGGCGCGUCGAAGCAGAUGCUUUGCUUCCCAGUGUAGUGAUUCAGAGGCCAGUGGCAAAGUUUAUCUUUGGAGGGGCCAAUGUGAUGGCUCCUGGUGUGCAUUCUAUUGUGCCAACAAAGAGUUGUCUUCCGAAAGAAGGUUGUCUUGUGGCUGUGCGUGCAGAAGGUAACAGUUUUGCUGCGGCUGUGGGCCGACUUCGGAUGGCUCCAAACGCAAUUGUCGGAUCGAAGGGGGAGGCUGUGGAAGUUCUCCAUUUUUUUGGCGACGCCCUUUGGGAGGUAAUGGGCAGCCCAAGACCUGCUGGCUUCAUAGGCGAUCAGAUCCAUCCAACAGAGGCUCAGGAAGAAAAGGAAGAAAGAGGAGUGAAAGAAGAAGAAAUUGUACAAGCUCCCGCUCCAGAAGCGGAAGUGAAGGACAUGCUUGACCAGCCUGACCGCGAUAUGACACACAUGAUUCAGAAUCUGGAAGAGUGCCUCUUGCAGGCCUGCAAAACACGGAUUAAAGACCGCGAUUUGCCUCUUCCUGGGAACGUCCUGUAUGCUCAGCACAUGAGACCUUGCAGGAGAGCUGGGUCCAAUAUCGAUGUGAAGGCCACUCCUUUCAAAAAGCUGAGCGCCUUCCUAUCACACGUGGAGGAGAAGGGUUGGCUGGCUUUGAAGAAGAAUUCCUCGGAUCCCAUUGUAACGAGGAUUUUUCGAGAUCACCCGGAUGUAACAAGCUGGAAACCGUGGCCAAAGGAGGCAACUGCAGAGGUCGAGGAGUCCAAAGGCACUGACUCCUCGCCCACUGAGGCCUCAAUUCAGAUAGAAGUGGUUUGGCGAAUCGGGAAACUCAAACCACUUUUGGAGGAGCUCAAGACGGAGGCAGCUGAUGGUUGUUGGACCAGGGAAGACUGUGCCGCGGCUUUGAAAGCGUAUGCUGACAGUCAUGAACUCUGGCUGAAGAACAACAAGAAACGCAUUGGUCCAGAUGCACUACUGUGCAGCCUGAUAAGUUCAGAGCUGGAGGUUCAGUCCGGACAAAGUUAUUCUUUGGAUGGCUUGGCAGACGAUGUACUGAGGACUUUGCCUUUGUGCCAUCGAGUAACCGCUCCGCAAGGCGGUGCCGCAGGCGGCUUCAGGCGGUAUGUCCGCCCGGGAAAGCCUCCAGUUGUGCAGGUUCGCACAGACACUCGGAGAGGGCAUCACGUCACUUUGAUCCACGGGUUAGAGGCGUACGGCAUUGAUAUGCAGGCUUUGGCAGCCGAACUACAAAAAGCUUUGGCGUCAGCUGCCACGGUUGAACAGGCUUCUCCUACACAGGUGGCUGCAGUGAUGGUUCAAGGCUUUUGGGAUGUAGCUGUGGCGGAAUGGCUUGGCAAGGCCGGCGUGCCAGCAGAAAGCAUUCUUCAGCAGGUGCGGUAGCACACAUAAUGUAUCGUGCUUGCAGUGUUUGUCGUGUGUUGCUUGGUAAGCCCACUCAAGCCUCAUGAUCGGCAUUCGCUUCUCGCACGUGUUUGUCCAACGACCGGGAUCUGGAGCUAGUGACUCCAACCAAAUGGCUUCACUGAGCGCACGCCUUGCCUUUGAACUGGCUCGACAGUCCUCCCUGCUGUCCAGAUGUGUAAUUCAUGGCUUGUGCUGGACAGAUCCUCGUUCAUCCACGUAUGCAUCCUGUCUGGUGACGCUACUUGAGGCGAAAAAGGGUCAGCAACAGAAGAAAGCCAAGCAAGCAAGCAACAUUGUGAAGGCGUGAGGCACAAAAGAGCCGCUUCACAUGUUGUUCUCGCGGCUGUGCCUCCAAAAGCUUGGCCCAGAAGUGAGUGGAGAUCUCAACGUGUCUUGAAUAGCAGGUAGUAUGAUCCGAACGUUCCUUGCGUAUACUUCUUGACAUCCGUGGAA